AAAUUGGCAUUUACCCUCUGCUCUUUACAGAGACCCUUGAUGAGGCGAAAAAACGAGAGACAAAAUAUAACACCACAAUGUGUCCAACAUCUGAAAUUGAAUCUCAUGAUGAAGGAGCUAUCCGCCAAAAAAGAAUAUCCAGGCCAAAUCAGCAGUUUAUGCAUUCUGAUUCUGAAGACCAUCAGAGUAGCAGUGCAAAAAGAAAGCGUUUUGCCAAACCACCUGAUGUUGGAUGUCCAGUAGAUCUUGUUGCUAGCAACUACCAACAAUCACUAGCUGAUGAAGUUCUUAAUGCUGAGAUGCCAGGUUUUGCUACAGCCCACUGUGUCCAGUACCACAAGUUGCAGAAUCCACAGCGACAAAGUACAAGUAUUGGGUUGUCUGGAUGCAGCUCAAGGCAGUAUAACCAUCGCCCUGGUCUCUCACAAUGUGCACAAAAUAGGCUGCCAUUGGAUAUAUCACAGACAAACUCCGACCAGAAUGAUGUAUUGGAUUCAGCGCCUAAUCAAGGUUUCGAAGAUGCAACCACACAAAGGGCCAGCAAUAAUGGGCAGCUUUUGAGAGGCAAGUCUAUUGGACAUAAUAUGACAUCGAUGCUUGCUGAAGCUCUUGUGAUUGUGAAGGAUCUAUCCAGAGAUGUCCAAUUCAUUAAGAACAAUUUGGCUCAGAGUAACAUUACACCAGGUAGCACACAAGGACCAGCAAACCUUGUACUCCCCUUCCAGCUGCCAAUUGAAAGUGAAGAAGAUUUCAGUAAAGCAGAGUCAUUACUGAUUGAAGAGACAGUGCGUCAAAAGAUGAUUGCUCGACUGGCUCUAGUAGGAGGCACCAAUUCAGCCAACAUGAUAAGAAGAAUGUUGACAACUUGUAUGAGAAAUGCCCUGGCAAGUCAGUUCAACUGGGCUGGGAAGAAACAUAGGCAUUCCCAGAGUAAAAAGCCAUUCAAGGACACAAUCCUGCAAGAGUGCAUAUUAGUUGCUGCUCGUCAAUUCGAACCAGGCCUAACUGAUCAAAAUUACAGCGAAACAGUAAAGAAAUGGUUUCGCUAUGCACCAGACCGGGAGGGAGGCAUUGAAAGGCAACCAAAGGGACGGCCAGAAGACUGA